AUUCGAGCCUUUGCGCAGACGCUCACUGCUACUAGGUCGAGAGUGUUGCCCAUGGAGGUGAUUUCGAUGCCAAGUAUGAUGACGGCGACAAACCGUCGAUGGAGAACCGCUUUGGUCUGAAAUCAUCGUGGGACCACUUCCUGCCUUCGCCAGCGGAUAUGCCGCAAGGACGUUUCGAGUGCGAGUUGGAUGAAGUGAUCGUGUAUGGCGAGAUACCAAAGACAAUCGAUGGCACCUGGUACCGGAUGCUCAAUGAUCCACACUAUCCUCCGGCCAAGGGCACUCCUUUUGUCGAGGGAGAUGGGCACUUAUGCGCGUUUCGCAUUCAGGAUGGCAAAAUUUCGAUGAAAACCAAAUAUGUUCAAACUGAAAGAUGGCUCUUGGAACGCAAGGCUGGUCGACGACUCUUUGGAAUGUACAGAAAUCCAUAUGAUGCACAUCCAUGCAUUCGACUCGCGAACGAUGCCACAGGCAAUACGAACAUCAUCUACUGGGGAGGCAAUCUGCUCGCGCUGGCUGAGCGCGGAUUACCUUAUGCAAUGGAUCCUGAUACCCUAGAGACAAGAGGAGCAGAUCCAUUCGCUGGACAAACUCGCGCCAAAACAUUUGCAGCACAUCCCAAAGUGGAUCCAUUCAAGAACGAAUUGGUGACCUGGAGCUAUAAUGCAAAAGGACUGGCUACUCGUGACUUUGCCACAUACUCUAUCAGUGAAGACAGCGUCAUUUCGAACGAGAAUUGGUAUCAGCAAGACAAGACUGGGUGGCCGCACGAUGGCUGGAUCACAGAGAACUGGAUCAUCUUGGCCAACAUGCCAUUCACCACAAACUCGGAAGAGGUGCUGAAGCAAGGCGGUCACUAUUGGACAUUCGUCGAUGGCCAGCCACAAGAAUUCCUGGUCGCACCACGAAAGUCUGGCGCACCUCGAAAUUCUUCCUGGAAAGUUGGCGAGUUCCGCAAGUACGUCACCGAUCACGGUCUAAUAGUCCAUGCUGGAAACGCCUGGGAAGCUGAAGAUGGUACGCUGCAGCUCGAAAGCCACUUCCUGAGCUUCAACGUCUUCCCAUUUUGGAACCCUCCAGGUUACAACCCCCUCUUCCAAAAGCGAAUUGGGUCCGUUAUACUAUUGACCUCAGUCAGCCAGAUGGAACCAAAGUGGCGCCUCCUGUUAUUCUUCAGGAAGGCAUUUAUGACUUCCCAGUGUGGGAUGAGCGUUUCACCACAAAGCCAACGAAAUAUAUCAUCAUGGCCGAGUUUGCCAACAAAUUCGAGAACCGAAGACCAGAUUUCGAUCGAAUCGUCAGACUCAAUACAGAAACUGGGGAGAAGCAAGUAUUCCAUGCUGGUGACGAGAGCUAUGUGUUGGAGCCAGCGUUUAUUCCGCGCUCUGCAGACGCGCCAGAAGGCGAUGGCUAUAUAAUUUUCUACACGACACGAGCAAGCACAAACAAGGGCGAGCUGGUAAUUCUGGACACCAACGAUAUGUCGAAGCCUUUGGCUAUCGCAGUGCUACCGUUCGCGAUGAGGAAGCAGGUUCACGGCAAUUGGGUUGACAAUCCGCAUCCGGGGAAGAAGUUACCCUCGUUGACGGCUCCCGUAAAGCAAGAUGUCAGGCCAACACCCUGGCAGUCUCAGCUUCAU